AUGGACAAGUUCAACUUGAAAGGCCAGACGGCGGUGAUAUCAGGGGCAGCUCGCGGCCUUGGUCUCGCGUUCGCCGAAGUCCUGGCAUCAGCAGGGUGCAAUAUCGCCGUGUUGGACAUCCUUCCCGAAACGUCACCGACGUUAUCCGAGUUGCAGUCACAGCACAAUAUCAAGGUCAAGUCCUACACCAUUGACAUCACGGUCCGGGACCAGGUUGUUGGUACAGUCGCGCAGAUCGUCCAAGAUUUCGGCAGCAUUGACAUCAACAUCAACGCCGCCGGCGUUGUGACCGACGAACCCUUCCUGACGACCUCUGACAAAAAUCUCCAGCGGACUUUCGCGGUCAAUUUCCAUGGAUCCUUCCUCGUAGCGCAAGCCUGCGCAAACGCCAUGGUCGAACGGUACAAAUUCCAGCACGGCGACGCGCCUGCAAAGGACGCGACGACCGGAACUAUCGUCUUCACCGCCAGUAUCGCCACCUACAUGGCCACCACCGCACAGCAAAUCUCAUGCUACACAGCGUCUAAAGCUGCCAUCAAAGGACUCGUGAAACCGGUGGCAAUGGAGCUGUCCCGUUACGGAAUCCGAGUCAACAGUCUCAGCCCCGGCUACACGAUGACGGACAUGAUGAGGGGCUUGCAGUCCGCGCAACCGACUCUGGUCAGGCAGUUUGAAAAGGAGACCAUGUUUGGGAGGAUUGGGUGGCCCGAAGAGAUGAAAGGCGCGAUGUUGUGGCUAUGCUCCUCCAAAGCCAGCGGUUGGUACACGGGUCAGGAUUUGCUGCUCGAUGGCGGGGCGACUUCUUGGAAACAUCCUGCAGUUUUGGAAUGA